AACAAGGUUAACGCCUCUACUGCGAUAGCAGACGAGACGGUUAGCCAAGUUGAAAAUGGCGACCGUGAGAAGAAAGGGAAAAAGCCCUAAAAAGACAUUAAAAAUGUCACUGAGGAAAGGUAAAUCAACAAAUGAACAAAAGGAAGCUCCUAUAGACUCAUCUGAGGACGAUCAUGACUCGGAUCAUUCAGAAAGAGGACAAUCCCCUUUCUCAAAUAUGUCUCUGGACGUCCUGGCUCAAGUUGCCUCUGCUACCUUGGAGAAGGAGCCAAGACCUAAAGAGCUCCAGCCACAGAGAAGGUUGACUCGUAGAAGCAUCCAAAGUCGAGACAAUUUGAACUUGGAACAAAUCCAGUUAUUAUCUGAUCGGUCAUUAGUUGACUUUUUUGCUGAUUUGAAAGCCAAUGAGAUGCGUCGGAAUUACACUUUUGUGUGUUAUCUGAUGCCAGAGAAAUGCCAAGCACAGUUUUCUAGCUUUGGCAAUGAAACACAGGCUCGUCUAAAAAUGAAAAACCAUUUGAGUCAACAUUUAUUGGAGCUUGAACAGUUGGAAAAGAGUAACGAUGAACUCUUCUCAGCAGAACCUUUGCCUGCAAGGAAAAGACGAUUGGCAGAAGCUGCUGUUCUCCAUAAGAGAAAGAGAAAAGGAAUCACUUCUGCCAAGAACAAAGUUAAAAGGAAUACACCUGAGAUAUACGUUUUGCCAAAAGGGCGGUUGGUCAAUUUAUCAGAACUGGCAAAUCAUUCGCCUGAAGACUCUGAAAGCCCAAGCAAAAGAAGAAGAAAGUUUAUGAAACAAGGCAAAGACAACUCUGAGAAUGCUUCUCCAGAGAAGCAUAGAUCUGAUGAUUUUGAAUCUCAUACCAGAAAGAAAACCAAAAAUAUUGACUCCACAAAAGGAAAGCAAACUGUAAAACAAAGAGGCGCAAAUAACAAAAAGGGGUCACAACCUGACUCGACUACUAAAGGCUCUUUGCCAGAUGAAACUGAACGGCGUAUAGAGGAAAAUGAACAGUUCAUUAUUGACUUAUUGACUAGGAAUCAACCUCAUCGGGACCACUGUUACACCACCAUCUUUGGGAAGAAGCGUGGAAUAGAUGCAGUCCAUUUGGAGAUGGAUUCAUCAGAUGAUGAAGAUGGCACUGUUGAUGUUGGUGACAGCAACUCGUACUAUGGUAAUUUCAUAGAGCAGCUCCGUAAGCCUGUUGAGCCAGUGCUUCUAUUCCGUCGUAUUCCGGGGGAAGAGGGGACCCCUAUGGUGUGCUGCGAGGAGAUCGUUGGAGGGGAGGAGGAAGAAGAGGAGGGCCACUCUGGAGAAAAGCCAUAUCCUCCAAUGCCCAAGUCUGCCUUAGCAAAAAAAGGUCGUAUUCCGGUACCAGAGGAGAAUAUGUCUUUCAGUGAGGAUGAGGAUGGAACUCCAAAGAGGAAGAGGAAAAACACAGUUAAAGAGGGUUCUGCAGAAUGGGAACGAAAGUGUGCAUUAAGAUGUAUAAGAGAAUUGAAGGGGAGAAAGAAGGAUGACUCAUCAUCACCACUGAUGUGCAAAAUCUGUAAAGACAAGACUUUUACAGCCUGUGCAACCUUAAUGUAUCAUUAUCGUAGUCAUGCGGGAAUAAAACCCUUUGUAUGUCUGAUAUGCAACACCACUUUCACUCGUCAACACAGCCUGAACUACCAUAUGUUAAUCCACAACAACCAGAGCCGUUUCACCUGCAAAGAUUGUGGCCGAAAGUUCAGACAUCCCAGUCAUUUUAAGGAACAUCUAAGGAGACACACAGGAGAAACCCCCUUUGAGUGUACAGAUUGUCCACAAAAGUUCAAAACCAGGAAUACAUACAAGCGGCACUUGAAGACUCGUCAUGGGAAACUGUUGACAGCAAGUGGAAUUCACAUUUUGUCGCGCGAGGAAUUUUUACUUGUGCGAACAAAACCAUACCGUAAGGGCGAGGAAUCUGAGGAGGAGGGUGACAUUGCUGAUAUUGCUGAGGAAGAUUUACUAGACUCUGGCGAGGAGUCCGAAAACAUUUCAGUCACAGACAAUACUAACUUGGCUCUGCCAGUUAUCACACAGAGCACAAACCUCCCCUUGCACCUAGCCUCCCAGCAGUUGUCUGCCCCUGGUAGCACUGUCCAUGGCCAUGUCCUGCCUUCAGGACAUCUUCUUGUUCCAGUGGAUGUUCAGUUUGUCAUGACUUGAUUCAUUCAGCUUGAGCCUUUUUUCAGUUGAUCUGUCUCUGUCCUGUGUUGAGGACACCUGAACAAUUUAAGUGGACUUACUUCCCAUUCUCCUGGAUAGAGAAUGUUUCAUUGGACAUCUUUACAAGUCUGGUACUGCUGUUUCUAUUUGCACUGUAUUUCUACAUGUGAUUUAAAGUAAAGCUCAAACAGCUCUAAAUCCUGAGGAAUCCGGUGCUCAGUUUCAUGGUACAAACAACAUAAUACAUUAUUUUUCAAAUGAUUUAUUGCAGUGCAUUCCGAAAAUCAAUAAUUUAUGUUGUUAUUAAAAUCAUCUUUUUGCAUUUCUUUCACAUUGGUGAUGCUUGUUAUUAGGAUAUGAUGCAUCAGCAACUUUUACAAUAUUCUAUCUCUGUUACAAUGCUACUGUUAAUCUACGGACCAAUCAUUGUUUUAUAUCUGUUAUCACUGUUAUGUUGUUCUUGAAGUAUAGACAUGUCAUAUAUUUAAAACAUAUGUACCAUAGUGGAUGGUUAUUUAGCCUGGUGCUGCAAUAGCUGAGUAUAGAUUUUUAAUCCUCUUAUUGUAUUUAUUUAGGAUGGACUGGUAAUCCAAUGCUUUACACUUCAUUAUUCUACAUUCAUGAAUGUACUUUAGACUUUAUACACAUUGAAUGUUAUUUAGGCUCUUACCCAGCUGUGGUGCUAAGAGUUCAGGCGUUAGGGUUAGUUGUCUUGGUGCACAAAUUUUCUGAACUCAGUGAACGUCUUACAAAGUUCUGGAAUUUUCAUCCAAACAAUGAGUAUAGUCUGGCCACACAAGUAAGUUUAUAAUUUUUGCUGACAUUUCAAUCUUGGGUAUGGCAUUUCAUAAAAAUAAGUUGAGACAAGGUUCAUGCUAAGCUUUGUGAUUUUAGGGACUUUGAACACAGUAUGCUAUGUGUUGAUAUCUUCUGACAAGCUUAAAGGACAUGUUUUUGUUAACUAAAAAUAUCUUAUCUCAUGAGAUAAUUUAUUUCUUAAAACGAACAUAAUGGCAGCCUCUAAAGCUGAAUUAAUUAAUAAACUAGUAUUCAAGAAAUGUUCUGUAAAUAUUUUAAAAAUUCUACACCUCUCAUCAACAAAGUAAAUAGCAAAGGAUCGUCAGUACCUAGCCACUCAUUGCAUUACACCAUUUUGCCAUGUUACAGUUAUCUAGAGUGACGUCACGAAACCUAGGAGCUCUCCAGUAUUGUUGGUAUUAAUAUGUCAGUGAGAAAAUACAAACAGAAACGCCUGAUACCCAACCAAAGAGUAUCAGUUCUGUCCCGUUUUCAAAGGGUUGAUGUUUCUUUUAGCCUGGCGCUCAGCCUGGGCGAUCUUCUUGGGCACAAGUGUCAUGUUUUAGCAUUCCUGCUUGUUCUCGUCCUCGACCUCGACCUGCAUGGGUGUAAGCAUUAGGCCUGGCUGGCUGUACCGACUUCGGGAAAUGUACGGAACAUGGGAGGACUUUUGUGAUUUAUAACAGACUCUUUUAUGCAGACUUUGGAAAGAUAUUUUUGUAAUAAAUCUGACUUUGCUAAGGAAAAAUAAUGCAAUGCCACAAUAUUCAUCUCCAGGCAAUGACUCUCCCGAGGCGGUUUUCUAGCCAGCUCAACCGUACAAGUUACUGCAGCCUCCUGCCCAACACAUAUGCAUUGUGACACGGGUAGGCGUUCUCAGUUCCCUGUGAUAAAUAUGUGGUUCAAAAUGCAUCAGUUUAACACUUAAAAUGGCUGCAAAAUGUGAUACAUUGCAUCAAUUUCUGUCUAUCAACUAUGAGAAACCACACUAACAAUCAAGAGCUAAUAGGUUUUUGGACGCGACAGCGGCUUCUACAACACGGCUACUGUGAGUGAAUUAUUGGCCAGUGCCAUAUCCCCAAUGCUAAACUUCAUCCUCUCGGCUUUUCAAAACUUUUUAGAAUUAUUUAGAUAUUUUUCUGCGAUAUCCUCGUUUCUUUGUAUGUAUAGUGGCAGACUUUAUGUUCACGUUAAAUACUUAGUAGAUUGUCCUGAACAGUGUUGAAAACUAUCUUGUACUUGCAGGGCUUAAUAGAAGUUAAUUCAGAAGCUGCUGUUCAAAAUACUGAUAAAAAGGUGCUCUUUUUAGGUAAAAGUUGAUGUAUCAAAAUGACCCAAAAGUGCCUUUUGGGAAGAAAAAGGCCCUGCAAUACCUAGAUAAAGCGUAUGUGAAGUGAUAUUUGAAGGGAGACGACUGUAGUUACUAAAGACUUCAUGGUGACCAUGAAACAUGACUCUUACACAGCCUACACAUUUACUUAGAACAAGGAUCAAUUGACCAGUGUGAAAGACUGCAAGUUACAUUGUUGUGGUAUUUUAGGUCAGGAUGUCUCAAAGCAAAUCCGACUAAUCUGUUUAAUUAGUCAAAAAUUUAAUCUGUUCAAAACAAAUGUGAUCAUCCCAUAAUUCUACUUAAUAAGACACGAUGUGUGAGUGAUAAAUUAUCUGUGGUAAAUUGACCAAUAUCAUUAACUACAUAAAACAUAUGUGUCAUUUUGCAUGAAUGGUGAAGUUUAGAUUAAAAUCUAUAAUGCUGGGUGUGCAGCCUCUCUGAGCAUGAAUCAGCUGGAUAAAUAUAUGAUCUUGCUAAUGGGUACUUUUGUUUGUAAAUGAAAAAAAAAGGGAAGAAAAAAAAAUCCAAAUGAAAAGAAGGAUGUUUAUCACUAAGUUUUGGAAGUGUGGGCUGGGAGGAUUUUCCAUAAGCCCCUUUUCCAAUUUUGUUCUCCAUACCAACAUUCAGCAGGGUCUUAAUGUACGCAGUGUUGCAUCAUAAUUUUUAUGUGAUGAUGCAACACUUUUUGUGAUGUCACCAUGCAUCAACAUUGUAACGCUAUGAAUUUAUACUGCAUACAUAUAUAUUUUUGGCAUACAUAAACAAUGUUGUGCAACAGUUCUGUGUAAAAUACCAAGAUGGUCUAUUCCAUAAGGUAAAUCUUGUUUUUCUGAACACAUGGUAUAAUGCCCACAAAGUAUGUCUCUUGCUCAUUCUUUUGUAUCUUGGGAGUAAGGUUAGUUUCGAGCGAAUUUCUGUGAACAGUAUAUCAAAGAAUCAAUGCUCCCAGAUGCAUUAAACUGCUUUUGCGUUAUAUUAUUUAUAUCCUUUUGUUGUACUGAAUGAUAUAUACUGGUUGCAUGAAGAAUUACAGAUCUUUUUGUAGAGCUGUUCUGACUGUUGCAAAACUGAACUUAAAAUUGUCUUUUAGAAUGACAGUGGAAGGGGAUUGUAUUCAGUUAUAUAAAUUUAUUGAUUUGUUUUGUGUUUGCAUGAUGGUAGUUUUGUGUCUAAGUGAGUAAAAAGUUUGUAACGGUAAAAAGGUAUAGUUCUCCUAAUUAAAAGUUGACAAGUAUAAUACAGAAGACAUAUUAAACACCCAUCUUCAUGGAUCUGGCAGCUAGUAUUGUAAGUGACUGUGCGUAUGGACUGGGGGAGGAUACCUCAUAUAUAGUAACUGAAUACUAGUUGUACACACUUUUCACAUUAUACAUGGUUCAAUAUUCCCAGUUAGACUGGAGAGGCUAUUUAGAUUGUCUUGAUGUAUUAAUGUUGUGUUUACGUACAUUGAUACUUUAGACUUUUCCAUACAUCCCCUCUGAACUAUACAAGGGACUUUUUGUGUAGUAUAAAAAUUCAUUUUCAUGUCUCCAUUUCUUGUACCUUGUUUGCAGUACUGGUUACUGUCCUACACCUACCUGCUGGUAGCAGGGUUUAUUGUAAUGUAUAUAUACAAAUAACUUCAACUCUAUUACAAAUACAAUAAAAAUGACAUAUACUGUAUUUAUGUAU